UAAAAUUUCAAAACAAAAAAAGCGUCGUCGUAAAUAAAACUUAAAAGAAGUCACAUUUUUCUUUAAAAUAAAUAUUACUUUAUGACGAACAAGCUUUUAAGUUGCCAAAAAUGACAGAACUGAAAUCAGAUAAUUCUGUAGUGAAAGUGGAAAAUAUCGGUCCGGAGGAGAAUACAGAAAUCUACAAAACGAUAUUCAUAACGGAAGAAUCCGAGCCAAUAAAUGGUGAUCUUUUAGCAGACGAAGAUAUUAAGCAAGAAAUCAUAGAGUUGGGAGAGUACGAACUGAAUGUUCCCGCCGUUGAACCAGCGCAAGAGGCCACCGUGUCAAAUGAAUCUUCAGUGUCCAAGGAACCCGUAAUAAUGUUGGAAAAACGGCUGAGACAUCCUAGGAAUAUGCCGUACCCAAGGAAGGAAUGCGAGCAUUGUGGCAAAACGUUCGCCUUCCAAUACAAUCUAGCCGUGCACCGGGUCAAGGAACACGGAAGUACGGAAACGCCUACGAAAAUUUGUUUACCACCCAAGACAUCGUUGCCGCCAAACCUCCGCUGCGACCAGUGUGGUAAAUUGUACCGUCAUAAGGCUAAUCUCGCGACUCACAAGGCUAAAGUUCACGGCAUUGGAGAAGCCCCACCAAAAAGCUCUGUUCACACCUGCAAGCACUGUAAAAAGCAGGUAACAUCGUGGAAAUCUUUGGUCGAACACCUGAAGUUCAUUCACGGAGAAAUCAUCGACCCGACGCAGAUUGCUCUAUGUCCAUUGUGCCUCAAGAGAUUUACUACGGCCGAGGAAUUGUCGGGGCAUUCCUGCAGCAGGAGAAAUCAAGGGGAAAUGGAUCUUCCUUUCAAGUGCGACUUGUGCGGUAAAGCUUAUUCCGGCCAAACAGCAAUCGGUUGAUCCUCUGCACAGCCGAAAAUCUGCUCACAACUCUCCUUUUUUCACUCACCUGUCAUGCACCGCGCUGGGGCUACACCAAAAUCACCGGACCCAAGCGAGAAUUGAAAAAAAAAAUACCUCUUCUGGUAGGAUUCGCCAUUUGUGGGGACGCUGCUUUCUUGCCGACGUCCUCGCAGCCACGACGAUCAACUCGACCCCUUGACGGCUGUCCGAUGAAAGAGCCAGGCACUGCUCGCUGCUUUGACAGCUCGCGGAUGCGAGCGUAACAUUGUGAAGGGGAACAUAAUCAACUAGCACAGUACGCUCCCACACAGGAACAAGAAACGAAACAAUCCGGAACUGUCGAAGAAGGAAAAACAGCAAGGUUUGACUAGAGACCCUAAAUAGGGAGACUGGUCUAAGCUGGCUAAAUCGAUCUGGCAACGUAUGUUUUGAGCUUGGCAACACUGAUAAGUUUUGCUGGGCGUAAAGGCAAAUGCUUGUUUGGAUACGUCAAACUCGUGUCUGUUUGGGUACAUCAAAUUCACUUCGACCAGUCUCCCUAUUAAGGAUCUCUAGGUUUGACACGGUAAAGUCUGGAUGUCAUCGGCGCCGUCAGCCGAGUUCACGUUCGAAUGGUCACUUAUCGUGAUCUCCGGCACGACGACCGGUUGUCGUGUGGCCAGCGUGGUCCCGGUUAUAGGACAAUUUUAUAAUUUGUUUAUGAGAUUGUGUUUAUUCCGCGAACAUGAGCCCGCUCAAAAAUGGCGCCACGACCGGAUUUUGUCGUUUAAAAUGACCUGCGGCAGUAUCCACAUGUGAUUGGAAUCUGGCCGCAGUCUGAGAUGUUCACUUCCGGCGAACCCUCGUCGCCAUACCAAAGGCCUGAAUCUUGAAUGUUCUCCCCGGCGCGUCAGAUUCCUUCACCAGAUUUCUAGUGCAAACGAUCCUCAAACACCAGAACCAGAACAAACGAUUACAAACGUUGAAAACCAACAAAAUGAAAGUAGGCGGAAAGCGAUAUUUUGACAGCGGGCAAUGUGUCAGGGCAAAGCGACUGCAGCGCCACAAACGGAUUGCCACAACUAAAAAAUCUGUAGCAAUGAUUUACACAAGGGAAGAAUCGAGCCCACAAGGGAAGAAUUGAUCCAUCGAAAAAAUGUUGUCUUGUCAAAAAAAAAAAUUGCAUUAAAAUGAAA